AUGGCUUCUCAAUUUAUAACGCAUAAUCCGAAAUUUGCACUUUCAGGUUUUGGAACUGAAAUUUGGAAACACGUAGUUUUUUUCUCACCUAGACGCAAAACUGAUAAACCACUUCACAUUAAUUCCCCUGUAAUACGCUAUAUUGAUGAAACUUCUCAAGAUCAAACUCAAUAUUAUUUAUCAUUUCUGAAACCAAACAUAACAAAUGAAUUUAACAAUAAUUCUAAACGACUUAAAACAACGCACUAUAUGUUAAAAAAGGCAUAUGUCAGCUUUAAUGGCGCUGUUGGUUUUGAUUGUUAUACAAUUUUCCUCCAGACUGAUUUUGCCAAAAACGCAACAACCGCAAAGGUUGUAGGUCAUUAUCACGAAGUUGUUGUGACAGGAUAUUUAUGGGCAACUUAUAAUUUCGGACAUUCCAUUUCUGAUUUCAUUAUUCCUUUGCUUUUACUUCCUGAAUCAAUCAGAUGGAGAUCCCAUAUCAUUGUUUUCUCGAUGCCGUUUCUUUACGAUCCAUUUCUUGAUCUCCUUGGCUUCACACAAGAUCGAAGAAUAUAUUUACCAGAAAAUACAGAAAGAUACAUUGCAGCAGAUGUUCUCCACUGUUUUGCAAAUGAUACAUUUUACAUCAGCCAAUGGGGACCAAACACUUAUAGAUUUAAACGAUUUGUGCAUCAAAAGCUAGAUUUAGAUAAAAUUCCAUCAACAGAUUAUUGUUUUACAAACAGACCAAAAGGAAAAGCGAGACACAUUCAUAAUCUUGAUGAAAUAAUUAGUGCAACAAAAUCAAAGUUCCCAACAAUUGAUUGGAAAUUUGUUCGUGAUGAUCAUAAGGAACUCAUAGAAUGUGCAAAAGAUUUCAAGAAGAUUAAGUUUCUUUUUGGUCCUGUUGGAUCAAAUCUUUUUAAAUCCAUUUUUAUGGCAGAUCACACUGUUGUUAUUUGUGUCACUGCAUUUUUCCUUGAACAUCCCCUCCCAUAUUUCUGUUCAAGUUGUAAAAUAUUUGAGUUACAAUAUGAUUCAAUUACAACACAUCAUACUGGUGUUGGUUCCCCAAUUGAUGUUGAUGAUGCAUUGUUCCAUAUAGGAAAGUGUUUGAAAGUAUUAGAAACAAGAACCUGGAAAGCUUAUUCUGAAGAAGACGCUAUAAAUAGAAAUAAGGGAUGA